AUGACACAGAUGUUGGAGGUUGACGACUGUGGAGUCAGUGACUUCAUUAUGAUGGACAACAUUGAUAUGCAGUCCUUCAUGAACAAUUUGAGACUUAGAUACAGCAAAGGUAAGAUUUACACGUACAUAGGAGAGGUCGUUGUGUCAGUCAACCCGUACCGAAACAUUACCAUCUAUGAGAAGGAGUAUGUCGAUAAGUACAGAGGUAGAGAGAUGUACGAACUGCCACCGCACAUCUUCGCGUUAGCAGACUCCUCCUACAAGGCAAUGAAGAGGCGAGCCCGCGACACCUGUAUUGUUAUUUCAGGUGAGAGUGGGGCUGGAAAGACGGAGGCCUCAAAAAUUAUAAUGAGGUACAUCGCCUGCGUAACUGGGGAACAACAGGAAGUGGAGAGAGUCAAGAACAUCCUUCUGCAAUCCAACUGCAUCUUGGAGGCGUUCGGCAACUCGAAAACGAACCGAAACGACAACAGUAGUCGGUUCGGCAAAUACAUGGACAUCAACUUCAACUUCAAUGGCGACCCUGUUGGCGGCCACCUCAACAACUAUCUCCUGGAAAAAUCCAGAGUGGUUCAUCAGCAGUAUGGCGAACGAAAUUUUCACGUAUUUUAUCAGUUAUUGUGUGGUGGUUCCGAUGCAAGGUUGAAAGAGUUCGGACUCGUUAGAGACCCCUACACAUACUCCUACCUUGACCAGAGUGGACAGUUUGCAAAGGUUGAUUCGAUAAACGACAAAUCUGAUUUCAGAGGCGUAGAGAACGCUCUGAGGACGAUGGGUCUGACGGACAUGAACGAGACCCUCUGGUCUGUACUCGCCGCUGUUUUGCAUCUGGGCAACGUCAAAUUCGAAGAAUCUUCACAAACUGACCAGUGCAUGAUAACUGACCCCUCUACCCUUUCCCUUCUCUCGAAACUUCUAGAAGUUGAUGAGGGGGAGUUAGAGAAGGCUCUCUGUGGUAGGGUGGUGGCGGCCCGCGGUGAGGUCCUCGAGAAGAAACAUUCCGCUGAGGAAGCAAAGUAUGGAAGAGAUGCCUUUGCUAAAGCCAUAUACGACCGGCUGUUUUCAUGGAUAGUAUCUAGCAUCAACCAGUGUAUCGACCUGAAGACAGUCAGCAAGAAAAACACUACGACAAUUGGUGUUCUCGACAUUUACGGUUUCGAGAUAUUCGAUCAAAACAGUUUCGAGCAGUUUUGUAUCAACUACUGCAACGAGAAACUGCAACAACUCUUCAUCGAACUGGUUCUGCAGCAGGAGCAGCGAGAAUAUAACGAAGAAGGAGUGCCAUGGGUCCAUGUGGAUUACUUCGACAACAAAAUCAUUUGUGAUCUCGUUGAACAACAACACAUUGGUAUUCUGUCUCUAUUGGAUGAGGCCUGCUUGAAUGUUGGAAAGAUAACGGAUGCCAUGUUUCUAGAUUCAAUGAGUGAUAAACUGGCUAAUCACAAACAUUUCACCAGUAGGAAGCUCUCACCGUCAGACAAAUCUCUACAAUUUCAUCGGGACUUCCGCAUACGUCAUUACGCCGGUGACGUCACAUACAGCGUUGACGGGUUCAUUGAUAAGAAUAAAGAUACACUUUUUCAAGACUUUAAGAGGCUGCUCUUCAAUAGCAAGAACAAGUCCAUCAGCAGCAUGUGGCCGGAGGGCUCGAGCAGCGUGACCAGCGUCACCAAGCGACCAAUCACAGCCGGCACCAAUUUCAAGAAUGCUAUCAUCUCAUUGGUUGACCAUCUCGUAUCUAAGGAGCCGUACUACGUGCGUUGCAUCAAACCAAACGAUGACAAAUCGCCAGUGCACCUGGACGAGGAGAGGGUAAAGCAUCAGGUCAUGUAUCUCGGACUUCUGGAAAAUGUCAGGGUCCGUAGGGCCGGGUUUGCAUUUCGUAUGCCCUACCAAAGAUUUGUUGGAAGGUACAAAAUGAUAACGCUAGAAACCUGGCCGAACCCAUCAUGCCAGCUUCCGCAAGCCACAAAACUGAUUAUAAAUGAGUUAUCACUGGACGAUGAUGUCCUAUACGGGAAGACCAAGAUAUUUAUCAGACAGCCGAAGACAGUGUUUGCACUCGAAAAUGCAAGGAAUCAAAUACUGCCCAGUAUCUCUGUACUUAUCCAAAAGAUGUGGAGGGGUCUAAGUGCUCGCAUAUUGGUCCGCAAAAUGAGGGCAGCCAAUAGAAUCGGAGUGACCUAUUUGAGAUACCAGAUGAGAUCGUACCUUCAAACACUCAUUAGCCUCUUUCGCGACUCGAAGAAGAAAAAAGAUUUUAACAAGUCACUGGUCUGGCCUAGGCCACCCGAACACUUACCUCAUCACGUUAUCAAUCUUUUGAAGAGAAUCUUCAACAAGUGGUAUUCGUACAUGGUACUGAAACCGAUACCCGUGUCUGAGAGACCGUCGUUGCGACUGAAGGUGUAUGCCGGAGACGCACUUGGUGGCAAGAGAAGGGGCGGUUGGGGGUUUAAGAGGAAGUGGAUCGGGAAUUAUAUCUUCAAUGCUGAUCACAGUCUACCGGAAGCCAAGCAGCAGUUUGAAAUUUUACGAGAUCACGAACAUUUCGAUGAUGUCCUAUUUGCUUGUUACGUCAUCAAGACCAAUCGAUUUAGCAAGUCAGCUGAGCGCAUUCUAUGCAUAACGGAUACAAAGAUCUUCAAAUUAAAUUCGAAGAAUUUUAAAUCAAUGAAAGACGGCAUUCCAAUAGGAGAGGUCACGGGGUUGACAGUAUCGCCCGGAAGUGACCAGCUGGUGGUCAUUCAUUUGGAGGGGGGCAACGACCUUGUCUUCUGCGUCUCACCCAACCACCACAGUGGGGACUACGUGGGUGAGCUUGUCGGAGUCAUGCUGGGACUCUGGCUUAGACUGCACAAGAAGGAGCUUAGAGUCAUGAUAGCGAGUGACGUCAUGUGCAUGUUGGGCAACAAGUCCAGAGAAGUGACCAUCGACACCACAACUCCCAACCCAGUGCCAACUUUCAAGAAGUCUGCCGACAAAUUAGUCUUAAGCUGGCCAAAAAAUAACAUCAAGUCUUCAUAGGAUUAUAUUUUGAUAUAAAAAUUUAAACUUCGUUUUGAAAUUUUCUAUUUUUCUCCAUUUUAUGAUUAUUUAUUCUAUUUUUCAAACGUUCCAAGCUUCCAAGUUUUGACUAAUUUUUUAAAUAAAGAA